UGGGCUGGGUCGAGCAUAGGGCCCAUUGGGGAAAUAUCUCCUUCUCGCUAUUACUUCGAGGUGGGAGAGACAGAGAGACCUCCAUGGAUAAGCCUGUGCUCUUUCUAUGUCACACCACUCCAUUUUGAUUACUGUUUGUUGAAAACUCGAAAAUCUAAAGACAUGUCUCUUCCUCAUUGUUUGCUUCGCCCAAUUCACAAGCUUCGCUCUUCAGCAUCACCACUGUGUAACUGUAAUUCUGUCGCAGCAACAACUAGAACAACAACAGCUGCAUUCGUAUCAAACACGGUAAGACUGCACCAAUUUCAGAUCUAUUCCCUACUCUUCUCGGCUUCACCUCCAAAACCCAUCUCCAAAUUCCACCCAUUUUCACUCUACAGUUCUGGGUCUCGCUCUAUCUUUCAUGCCAGGGUCUCUCAGUCGUCAGUUAAAGUGGAAAAUCAUGAAGAGGAGGAGACGAGUACUUUGGCUAAAAUGAGGGUUUUGAAGCAAAACAUUGAGCGUCUUGGGAUUAACUACGAUUCUUGUACACCUGGACAGUACAAUAACUUUAUUUGUCCCAAGUGCAAAGGUGGGCAGUUGAUGGAGAGGAGUCUAUCCUUUCAUAUCGCCCAAAACAGGGAUUUUGCCAUGUGGAGGUGUUUUCGUGUUGAGUGUGGAUGGGCAGGCCAGUUGCAGGUCUUUGCGGACAACAGGGAAACAUGUAAUGGCGUCAACCAAAAAAGUGAUAUUAAUUCUUCCAGGCAAAUCACAGAAGAGAGCCUGAGGUUAGAACCACUAGGUGACGAGCUAAUUGAAUACUUUGCCCAGCGAAUGAUAUCAGAGGAAAUUCUGCAGAAAAAUGCAGUUAGGCAAAUAUCGGGCGAUCAGAAGGUCAUUGCUUUCACAUACAGACGAAAUGGACUGCUUGUCAGCUGCAAGUACCGAAGCAUCGAAAAAAGAUUUUGGCAGGAGAAGGGUACAGAAAAGAUAUUAUAUGGACUUGAUGACAUAGAGAAAGCAGAUGAAAUCAUCAUUGUUGAGGGUGAGAUAGAUAAGCUCUCAAUGGAAGAAGCUGGAUUUUGUAAUUGUGUUAGUGUUCCUGAUGGUGCACCACAGAAGGUUUCAACCAAAGAUGUACCACCUAUAGAGAAGGACACCAGAUUUCAGUAUCUAUGGAACUGCAGAGAGUACUUGGAUAAGGCAUCCCGUAUAAUCCUGGCAACUGAUGGUGACAUACCUGGCCAAGUCUUGGCUGAAGAGCUUGCGCGCCGUCUUGGAAGAGAAAGAUGUUGGCAAGUAAGCUGGCCAAAGAAAGACGAGUUCAGCUGUUUUAAAGAUGCAAAUGAGGUUCUGAAAAACUUGGGAUCAGAUGGUUUGAGGGAUAUAAUCUACAGUGCAGAGGUAUAUCAGGUGCAUACUCUAGACUGAACCAAAGGAGGUGUAAAUUUUAUACCAAGCAUUUUGGAUGGAAUGUAGGAGGGUUUCAUGAAUCAUAACAGUGUGCAGAAUGAGGAAUGCUUUAUAGUAAUUUCUAUUAUAGAUUUUGAGUCGAAGCGAUGUAGCGGUAGUUCUUGCAGAUAAGAGCUAGUUUUUCUUGUUAACUAUUGACAAAAUAAUAUUCUAAAUUAUUACAAUAGAAUAAACUAAAUUUUGUGUCU